AUGGAAAGAAGUGAACCCCUGCCAGAGAUUGAACUAGAGGAGGAUGAGAGCUCUUCGGAGGAUGAAAAUCCAGAGGUCCGGAAACCUCAUGAGGCUGCUGAGGGUCCAUUUGAGCAUGAUCAUAUCAUGGAGGAAGGAAGACAUGGGAGAUAUUUAAGUGUGUCCACUAUCAUCUUGUACACUGUUCUCACUCUAAUGGCUGUUAUUGCAAAUCUUGUGUAUUUUGAGGAAGUUAUCUACCUGAUAAGAAAAGUCCCUGCUACAAACCAGAGAGCGACUAUUAUGUGGGUCAGCGGAAUUUCAUCUGUGAUAGCAUCUACAUCUUGUGUUGGGAUGUGGAUCCCUCUAGCAUCAAUUAUCACAGAUUUGACAACAGCAGUGUACUUUGCAAUUGUUAUCCACAAGUUCCAGGAGAUGAUGAUAGAAGAAUUCGGAGGUGAUGCAGCUUUCCUGAAACAUUGUGAAAAUACUCUUGUCACAAUUAGUACAGGGCCCUGUUGUUGCUGCUGCCCAUGUUUACCUGCUGUAAAGACUUCAAGGCGCCUGAUGUUUAUGCUGAAAUUGGGAACAUUUCAGCUCGCUUUCUUACGGCCAGUCCUAAUGAUCUUAACGUUAGUCCUUUGGGUGAAUGGGACGUUCAGCCCGAAUGAUUUUUCUCCUAGUGGACCUGCAAUAUGGAUUAACAUUCUCCUUGGUAUCUCCACAGUAGUUGCACUGUGGCCAGUUUCGAUUGUUUUUAACAAAGUCAAAGGUGAACUUAGAAAUCAGAAGAUAAUCCCCAAAUUCAUCCUUUUUAAGAUUUCAUUCAUUCUUAAUCAACUCCAAGCUUUAAUUAUCAACAUAACAGCAAUGGCAGGCGGUAUAGCCUGUGCACCCCCAUUUUCACCCACAGCCAGAGGAGCAUAUAUGAACCAGCAGCUUCUCAUAAUGGAGAUGUUUAUUAUCACUUUGAUAUCACAAAUUUACUACAGGAGGAAAUACAAUUUACAAGAAAUAAAUGAAAUGCAACCCACAGUAAAAAUACAAGAUGCUCAAAACCACGUGAAUGGUACCAUAAAGGAAGGUGAAAGCUCACAUGUGUAA